UAUUAUGAAUUUAUGUGUAUGCAGAAAAAUGAAAGCUUUACAGUUAAUGAGAAGGAUUUCUAUCCCAGACUUCACAUUCUGCAAAACAAAAAUCCUCACCAGAUUUUUAAGUUCUAGCGAUAGCAUUAAAGAAUGGACCCAGCCAUUUGAUCCUCCUGUCCCAGAGUUUGAUUGGCAAUACCUGUGUAACGACAAAAAUCAAAAGGAAAUAAAGGAAAACAUUAUUAACAGGAAAGGAAUAGGAGACAUAGAGAAAGUGAUUUCUUUGUGGAAAUUAUAUCAAAAGGAAACGAAUGUUGCACUGAAAGGCUCCCUGCUACAACAGUUAAAUGAAGCAGCAUCUGCACUUCCCAACAGAACCUCUCCAGCAUCACCAAUAGGAAGUGAGGAUGUGGCUGAGUGUAAAGGGCUGUAUGGAGCAAGAAGAGAUUUUACGUUUAAACCACAGUCUGUGCUAGAAAUUGGACAGAGAUUAAAUCUUUUAAGAAUAAGUGAUGUUGGCCACACUACAGGACCACGGACCUACUACUUAAUGUCUGACUUUGCUAAAUUGGAGCAGGCCUUGAUUAGGUACACCUUGGACCAUCUUCUGCUUAGAGGGUUCUCCCUGGUGUCUGUCCCAGAUCUCCUAAAUUCUAAUGUCGUUGAAGCUUGUGGAUUCAAAACAACAGGAGACAGGAACCAGGUUUAUAAAGUAGAUUCACAUCACCAUGACAACCUCUGUUUAGCAGGAACAUCAGAAAUAUCUCUUGCUGGUUUGUUUAUGAAUGAGUUGUGCAAAAAUUUACCAAAAAGGGUUUGUGCUGUAAGUCGCUGUUACAGGGCAGAGGUGUCAGCUACUGAGGAGGAGCAGGGCAUUUACAGAGUCCACCAGUUUACAAAGGUUGAGAUGUUUGGCGUAACAAAGAAAGGACAGGGAGAUGAUCUUCUUCAAGAGUUUUUAGAGACAGAAAAACAAUUAUUUUUGAAUUUAGGAUUACAUUUUAGAGUGCUAGAAAUGCCUACACAUGAACUUGGGGCACCUGCUUACAGGAAAUUUGAUAUAGAAACUUGGAUGCCUUCUAAACAAUUCUGGGGAGAGAUAUCAAGUGCCUCAAAUUGCACAGAUUAUCAGAGCAGAAGACUUAACAUCAAAUACAGAGACCCCAACAAGGAAGGACCUGUUCAUGUUGAAACUGUUAAUGGCACAGCCUGUGCAGUACCAAGAUUAAUCAUGGCGAUUAUUGAGAAUUACCAACAAGAGGAUGGCAGUGUAGCUGUCCCAGAGGCCUUACAACCUUACAUGUCAGGACAAACUUGUCUACAGAGGUCACCAAUCAAAGGAAAAAUGAAGUUUGUCCAAGGAAAGUUCUCAAGAUAGACAGCUCAUUUUAU